CCUUAACCAGCCUUAGGAACACAACAACAACAAGACUUAAAAUUUAUCUCCUUAUUUUUCUAAUUUCAAGAUGAAGUUCAGAGGGAAAAUGACGGAUAUUAUGUGCAUUAAGCAGUUUACGAUCAUUGUAAACACUGUGGCAAGAUUAGCCAAAGUGUGUGUGCUGCGCAUCACCCCACAGAAGGUAUUCUUCAUCAUAAAUGAUGCGGGUGCUGUUGGCAGUAGCCCUGGCCUGUGGGCGGAACUGGAUCAAGGUCAUUUCUUCAACGAAUUCAACAUGGAGGGAGUUUCGGAGGAAAACAACGAGAUCUUCCUUGAGCUGCAGCCGGAUAAGUUAUCAAGAACUUUGAAUUCCCUCAAGUCGUCCCAGUCUGCCCGUAGUGUGAAGAUCAAGCUAACCAGAAAACACAGUCCUUGUCUAACCUUGGAGGCUGAAUUGCCAUCGCUCUCUGUGCAUGCAAGGCUUGUGGUCCAUGACGUGCCAGUGCAGCUGAUUCCUCGUCGUCAGUGGCACAUAUACCACGAGCCAGAAAUGCCCGAGUUCCAAGCUUCCGUAUAUCUGCCUCCCCUCCGUCAGUUGAAGCAUGUAAUAGAGCGAAUGAAAACGCUGUCCCCUUAUGUGUCCUUAUCGGCAAAUAGAAGAGGGACGCUGGUGGUUGGAGUCACCACAGACACAGUCAAAGUUUCUACUCAUUUCAGGCAUUUACCUAUGCCUGUUUGGGAGGGUCAGGAGGACAGCAGGGUGUCAGCACCAGAAGAGCUGCAUACUGCCACAGUGGACAUCAAGAAGUUAGCACUGUUUUUGCAUGGUGAACAGGGAGGUCCUACUAAAGUUAUAUGCAAUAUUGUAGAAGACCGUACAAUCCACCUGUUCCUCAUAAACGAUGAUGUAACACUUCAGUAUUUCCUGCCAGCUGCAGCUAAUACAUGAUGUCUUUCCUUCUAUGCAUGUGUGUGCAUUAGAGCUAUAUUGCUUUGAUAGAAUAUACUAGUCAGAUAUGUACCUAUUUUUCUACAAAUUUUAGGCACUUUGGUUUUCAUGAAUAGGAUGUAUUUUUUUCCAUUUAAAGUUAAUAUGUGUAAUUGAUUUGUAUAUUGAUGUACAAUUACAAACACAUUACAAAAGCAGUGUGUUUGUUUUCUGUAAAAUAUGGCAGAGUAUUUAUGAAGGAAGUAUUUUCAAUUCUUCCAAUUGAAAGCUAAUUAAACUGAAAGAGAUGAGUUCUAGCAUGACUGGAUGCUUGAGGUUAUCAUUAAAUACCAAUAUCGAAGACACAGAAAGAGACAACUGUGUAUCCUGCAUUUGAAAGCUGCCCUGUAAUGAUUUAGCAAAGUUAAUGUUUGUCUGAGGUGUACUAACUGUAUACAACACUGUUACUGUUUACAAAAAAAUCCUGAGUCAAUUUUAUGAAGAUUUGAAUAGUAAUUUGUGGAAGAUAGUCAAAGAAACACCUUUUGUACUAAACCACUCAUUUCAUUUGUAACCUUAGACAUACACAUACAAAGCAAGCACAUAAUAUGAGCCACUUGAAAAUUUUAUCCAUAGUCACCCCCACACGUCUAAAUCCACACCAACCCCCACACCUCUACACAUCUACACUGGCACUCUCACACCCUCUCAUAACCCCAAGCACAUUCUCAUGUAUAAUACAUGAAGGAGUUUGUGAGAGUAACUUUUCAAUAUUUUUAGCUACUGCUAGAGGAUGAUAACACCAGCAACAGGGAAAAUAUUCUUAAAAAAUGCAAACAUUUAUUAAUACUUUACAAUGGAUUACACAAAGUGAGAAGACAUCAAUAACAUUAAGAAUUCAUGAAAGAUACAUCAUUUGGCAUUUGGGUGACUUAUCCUAACUUCUUUCUUUUCUAAAGGUGAUAAGUUUGACACAGUUUUAAGUUUCUCAAAGUAUUAUGCAGUAUAAUUAGUCUUGUUUUUGCAAAACAACAGCCUGCCUUUGUAGCAGAAACAGUAUGUAACUAUGAUUAUUUCAUCAAAGAGCUUUUCUGAUAAUGUAUUGCAAUUCUUGCACUUGUACAACUUUUGUAACAACAUACAUAAAUUUGUUAUUAAAAUAGUUAAUCUAUAUUUCUAAUCACCUUUGGGUUUCUGUUUUGAGUUAAAUGUGUGAGAACUGAUUACCAGAAGAAAAAGCAAUUAUUUGUAUUUACUCUUCAUAUAAACAAGUCUGGUUAUAUAUUUACUUUGAUUUCUUUGCUAAUUUGGUUUCAGGUUUCUGAAUUUUGAUGAAAUAUUCAAUAGUUACAAUGUUAUGAUUAACAAUAAUGAUAUGUAUACUGAUUUAAUAGAAGGGUAAUUGGCUAUGCUAGAUAUAAAGUGUGGUUCCUAUUAAAUGAUACAUCAAAAUCAUGUUGCAAUAUAAAUUCAGAAAUUACUUUAUCACAAUGUUCACAUGAACACACAUGAGUAAAAGAGUUUAGAAACAAUAUGAUAAUAGAUAUAGCCUUAAUAGGUUACAUAUAUUAGUAAGAAUUGCAAAAUGCGUUGUGAAGAUCCGUGUGAAUAUAUUUAUUUGUACUAUAAAAUUGUAUAUUUUGACAAAAAAAAA